AUGCAUGCCGUUCCUUACGCCUGGUCCUGCUAUUCGUCGGGCGCUCUGCCUGCUGCGGCAGCUGGCGGUGCACGCGCACGAGUAUCGGAGGAACUGUCGAGCUGGGAAGCUGAUGACGAAAGCGAAGUAGAGCGGCUGCUGCGGGACCGCGAUGCAUCGCCCUACCUGAAAGCAGCGCUGCAACAGCCACCGGAGGGGCUGUUGCAGCACCGAGGUGUUUCUUCUCCCACACAUCAGCAUGCGCUGCCCGCUGCAGGGACGCCUCCGAUGCCAGAAGAUGCCCCUUUGGUCUUCUCGGAGAGUUCCGCGGCUGCUGCGGCAGGAGGAGGCACCAGCCCUUCAGCGGCAGCAGCAGCAACAGCAGCGGCUGCUGGGGUUGGCGAAAGCCUCUUCUGGCAUGUGCCGGAGGACGGCUGCUACGCUACGUGCCCCAUGUAUGUUCCGCUGCUGCAGGUGAUGCGGGAACGCGUGCAGCAGCGGCGAGCGGUGGCUGCUGCAGAAGAGCAACAGAGACGGCGGCAACUGGAGCUGGAGGCGCAGCAACGUCUGCAGCUAAGCGGCCCUGUGGGGCUUAUGUUGGAAGCAGAGGCUUUCGUAGCUGCCACUUUGCUCCGACGGCGCGAAGAAUUGCAAAUUGUAAAUAGGAGACUAGAGGGGCAGUUUGCUGCUGCAGCGGCCGCAGAAGCAGCGGCCGCUGCAGCAUCCGCGCCCAAAUGGCUCGCUGGGGUGUCUAGACACCUCCUCCCGUAUGUCGCGCAGGUUUCUAGCAGAGCCUUUUUCGAUCCGCAUUACAGAAUACAGCUUCUCGAAGCCGCAUGUCCUACCUGGAAAUGCAACAAGCUUUCCUCGCAUGGCUCAAAGUUUCUUAGCAGAGCUCUCGAAUUUUCUCCGCGUAAAUCCCCUUUUAGAGCGAUUUCAACCCCUAAAUCCGCUGCUGCAGAGGCCGCGGACGAAAGCUUCCCAAGCAUUUGGCAAAUGGCGAUUUUGCAAUAG